UCUCUAUUUCUAGUAAGCUUCUACAGUUCUACUUAUAUUAACAAUAAUUCACUUGCUCCUAUAUAUAUUAAUAUACCACUCAAUCAUUCCUUAUUCUGCAAAAUAACACCAUAUAUUAUCAAAUAAAAUAAAAAAAAAAAGAUCAUUGAAACUUAAUUCAUUACUCUUUUUAAUUUCCUAUUGCAAUGGCUGACACUGAACACUCCUCUAAAAAUGUUACAGAAGUUUCUACAGAUCAGCAAUCAAACCAAAGUUCAAAGGUUGAAUUUUCUGAAGAAGAGGAAAUGCUUAUUACAAUGGUUUAUAAUCUUGUUGGGGAGAGGUGGUCAUUGAUUGCUGGAAGAAUUCCUGGAAGAACAGCAGAAGAAAUAGAAAAAUAUUGGAAUUCAAGACACUCGACUAGCGAAUGAAGUGCCAGCUAUGAAUGAAUGAAUCAAGAAAUUUGUGGGUAACUUUGAGGGAAAUGAAAAGAAUGUCGAUUUUUAUUAUUACGGCUACUUUUGUUUUUGACAAAAAUAUUAUUACUGCUACUUGAAGUAGCAGCUAUAUGAAAUGAAGCAAGAAAUGAAUCUUGUCAAUUUAUAUCAUAAUGCUAUUUGGUGUUUAAUUUUAA